UUUAGGGAUGAGUUAAUGAUCUAUUUUGAAGUGACUUUUGUCAGCAAAUAAUUUACAAUAAAUAGCCAGUCUCUUUGUGCGGUCAUCACAAACCACCAGCCAUGAGAGCUGUUGUGCUUGCCUUGACUCUGGCCCUUGUGGCGAGUCAUCAGAUCAACCUUGUUCCAGAGUUUGCUGCAGGAAAGACCUUUGUGUACAAGUAUGAGGGUUUGUUAUUGGGAGGUCUGCCUCAGGAGGGUCUGGCCAAGGCUGGUGUAAAAGUCAGCAGCAAGGUUCUCAUCAGUGCUGUAGCACAGAAUACCUUCCUCAUGAAGCUCUCAGAUCCUCAGCUCUUUCAGUACACUGGCGUCUGGCCCCAGGAUUCUUUUGUUCCUGCAACAAAGCUCACCUCAGCACUAAAUGCUCAACUGGUAAUUCCUAUCAAAUAUGAGUAUGCUAAUGGUGUGGUAGGUAAAAUAUUUGCCCCUGCUGGAGUCUCUGCUACUGUUCUGAAUCUGCACAGAGGUAUCCUCAACAUUCUUCAGCUCAACCUCAAGAACACACAGAAUGUGUAUGAGCUGCAUGAGGCUGGAACUCACGGAGUCUGCAAGACCCACUACAUGAUCAGUGAGGAUGAAAAGACCCAUCAGAUUGCUGUGAGAAAGUCCAAAGACCUGACCAACUGCCACGAAAGAGUCAUAAAGGAUAUUGGUUUAGCUUACACUGAAACCUGUGUUGAAUGCCAGCAGAGGCUGAAGAGUCUGACUGGGACUGCAACAUUCAGCUACAUCAUGAAGCCCACUGAUACAGGUGCUCUGGUUUCUGAGGCUACAGUUGAAGAAGUUCAUGAGUUCUCACUCUUAAAUACACAAACUGGAGCAGCUCAAAUGAGAGCCAAGCAAAUGCUGAAUUUACUGGAAGUGCAGAAUGCCCCUGUUGCUCCCCAUGUGGGUGAGUACUUGAACCGUGGAUCCCUGCAGUAUGAAUUUGCAACUGAGAUUCUUCAAACCCCCAUUCAACUGCUAAAUAUCAAUAAUGCACAGGCCCAGAUUGUAGAGGUCUUGCAGCAUCUGGUUACAAACAACAUGGUUAUGGCUCAUGAGGAUGCUCCUCUGAAGUUUGUCCAGCUUGUCCAACUCAUGCGUGUAGCUACUUUGGAGAAUACUGAAGCCAUCUGGGCUCAGUACAAGACCAAACCUGUUCACAGGCGAUGGAUUUUGGAUGCACUUCCUGUAGUGGGUACAACAGUAGCCUUGAGAUUCAUCAAGGAGAAGUUUCAAGCUGAUGAGCUCACUGUCCCUGAACUCACUCAGACCCUUCUGGUUGCUUUGCACAUGGCCACAGCUAAUCCAGAUGCUAUUCACCUCAUUGCUAAUUUGGCUUCGAACCCCAAAGUCAAAAAUAUUCCAGUGCUGCGUGAAGUUAUCAUGCUAGGCUAUGGUUCCAUGAUUGCAAAAUACUGUUCUGAAGUUCCUACAUGUCCUGCUGAUCUCUUGAGGCCGAUCCAUGAGAGGGCUACCGAAGCUAUUUCCAAGGCUGCCAUUCCUGAAAUCACACUGGCUCUUAAAGUUAUGGGCAAUGCCGGCCACCCUGCCAGCCUUAAAACCAUCAUGAAACUCCUGCCUGGAUUUGGAAGUGCUGCUGCUUCCGUUCCCCUAAAGGUCCAGAUUGAUGCUAUCUUGGCUCUUAGGAACAUUGCCAAGAAUGAGCCAAAGAUGGUUCAGCCAGUGGCAAUGCAACUUUUCAUGGACAAGGCACUCCAUCCUGAACUGCGCAUGGUUGCAUGUAUUGUGCUGUUUGAGACCAAACCGUCUGUAGCCCUUUUGGCAACUGUUGCUGGUGCUUUAGAGAAGGAGACCAACAUGCAUGUCGUCAGUUUUGCUUAUUCUCACAUUAAGUCUUUGACCAGAAGCAUGGCCCCUGAUUAUAUGCAUGUGGCUGCUGCAGCAAAUGUUGCCAUCAGGAUGUUGAGCCCCAAACUGGACAGACUGAGCUACCGUUUUAGUACAGCCAUCCAUUUUGAUCUCUACAGCUCUCCUCUCAUGGUUGGUGCUGCUGGUACUGCUUACUUGAUUAAUGAUGCUACCACCAUCUUGCCCAGAGCCAUAAUAACUAAAGCACGAGCCUACCUGGCUGGUGCUGCUGCUGAUGUUCUUGAGGUUGGUGUGAGAACUGAAGGACUCCAAGAAUCCCUACAGAAGACUCCUGCAGCAGAAGACAAUGCUGAUCACAUCACUAAAAUAAAACGCACCUUUAAGGCUCUGAUGGACUGGAAGUCUUUGCCAACAAAUCAACCAUUGGCCUCCAUCUUUGUCAAAGUUCUUGGACAGGAAAUUGCUUUUGCCAACAUUGACAAAACCUUCAUAAAAUUCAUCAUUGAACAAGCAGCACAGAUUGCUACUGGACCACAUCCACGUGAAAUGCUGAAAGAGGCUGUUAAGGCAUUGCAGAAAGGUAUUGCCUUCCAGUAUGCCAAACCCCUGCUGGCAGCUGAAGUGCGUCGUAUUUUGCCUAGUUCUCUUGGUUUACCAAUGGAGAUUGGUUAUUACACUGCUGCUGUUGCUACUGCAAAUCUCAAUGUUAAGGCAACUAUUACCCCUCCUUUAUCUGAGCAUCCAGAGACUCUCUCUCUUGAUCAGUUGAUGAAGACUGAUUUCCAGUUGCAAGCUGAGGCUAGACCAAGCGUUGCCAUCCAGACUUUUGCUGUAAUUGGAGUGAAUACUGCCUUGAUUCAGGCUGCUGUUAUGGCCAGAGGAAAGAUACACACUGUUUUACCAGGAAAACUGGAUAUAAGAGCUGACCUUCCAAAGGGCAAUGUAAAGCUGGAGGUUCUGCCUGUUGCUACUCCAGAUCAUAUUGUUGCUGCAAGCUUUGAGACCGUUGCUGUGGCCAGAAACAUUGAGGAGCUCCCCAAUGAGAGAGUUGUAUCUCUGGCACCUCCAGUGCCCUCUGAUGCUGUGGAAAGGUUGAUACCUGCUUCAGUUCAGAAGUCCUUGUGUAGUUAUUGUCCUUAUAUUAACAUCAAAGGAUGUCUUGAGUUUGCCUCCCAGAAUGCUGGCUUCAUGGAGUUAAAUCCUCUGUAUUAUAUUGUUGGACAACACUCAGCUAAAAUUUCAGUGGCAAGAGGUGAUAGUCCUGCACUAGAAAGACUGGAACUUGAGGUGCAAGUUGGCCCUGAGGCAGCUGAGAAGCUUAGGAAAGAAAUCAGUCUUGUUGAUUCUGGAAAUCCUGAAGAAAGUACCAUCCUGUUGAAACUGAGAGAACUUCUGGAGACUGGACUGAGGAAUCGUAAUUCCAGCUCCAUCAGCUCCUCAUCCUCUGCCAGCAGCAGUCAAAGUGCUAGCAGCAGCAGGAGUGCCAGCAGCAGGAGCAGGAGAGCAAGCAGCAGCCGGAGUGCUAGCAGCAGGAGUGUCAGCAGCAGCACUAGUGCCAGCAGCAGCAGUAGGAGUUCUUCCAGUGCUCAUGUGACCAAGAACAAUAAUUCAUAUGGUCAGUUCCAGAAGUUCUAUAAAGAUCAGGCUCUGUCAAAAGCCAGCAGUGCAUCUAGCAUUGAGGCCAUACAGAGACAGGCUAAACUUCUUGGAGAUUCUGUUCCUCCUGCUUUUGCUAUCAUUGCUCGUGCAAUUAAAGCUGACCGCAAGCUGGGAUACCAAAUUGCUGCUUACUUGGACAAGCCCACUUCAAGAGUACAGGUUGUGUUUGCUUCUAUUGCUGAGAAUCACAAACUGAAGAUAUGUGCUGAUGCUAUACUUCCAAGCAAGCAUAAAGUUGCUGCCAGGUUUGCCAUUGGUGAGCAGUGCCAGGAAUAUUCUGUAACUGUCAAGGCUGAAACUGGUAUGCAUGAGGCACAUCCUGCUGCUCAUUUGGAAUGGGGCUGGAACAAAGAACCAAGAAUCCUAACUAUUGCUAUCCCCUAUGUCAAGAGGGCAAUGGAGUACAUAACAUAUGUUGCUCCCUUGAUUGGAGUUAAUGUUGAUAGAGCUAAUAAUAACAACAGGGAAGUCAACCUUAUUAUUGCUCUACCCACUCAAAAGUCUCUCAACAUCCUUUUGCGAAUGCCAAAGAUGACUUUGUCCCAGCUUGCUAUGCCUCUUCCUAUUAGCCUGCCCAUUGAACAAGAUGGAACCAUACCAGCUCUCAAGAAUUUUGACAUUCAGGCUAUUGUUGAGAAAUGGCUAAAUGAUGUUCGCGCAAGUUGACUUAUUUAAUAAUAAAUAUGGAAUUUAAUUAAAUAAAUAAAGAGCAUCUAAAAGGCAAAA